CGUUGGGUGGACAGGGGUUCGCCCUCCCGCAUGGAGCCCUGAAAUGGCCCCUUGCUCCGUGCGUGGACCGGACCUGCGAGGAAUCCGCCUUCUUCCGUUGGGGAAGGGCUUAUGCUCCACUAGAAUAUUGGUUUUGUGCUCAGUGUUUUCCAAAUUCUCGUCGUAGUAGAAUCGCAAGGAGACUUCGAAUAAGUACAGAUUGCCCAGAUUCACGCUCAGACGUGGAGGCCCAGAGAUGUGUAUUUUAAACCGAUGCCUUUCUCCCAGUGAUCCUAACCCCGGCGGCUUAGGGGCCACACCCGGAGAGCCAGUUUAUGUGAUCUGAUGGGGUUUUUCCAGCAAUUCAGUAGGAGAGGUAUUGGUAUGCUCCGUCUUAUGGAUGAAGUCGUGAGGCCGCCAGAAAUUAUACCACAGCCAGCCAGGAGUCAAACUCAGAUACUAUGUUUUUUCUGAUUAAGCUCUGAUGGUGCAAGAAGGUGUGUGCUGAAGAUUUGGAAGGAAGCAUGGGGCGCGUAGGGCUUACAAGCGUCUUAAGUGUUUCUGGACGCCUUAAUUGCAAGGAGGUGUGUGCGAGGGAUGCUGCAGACGUUCGGCCCGUUGGUGGGAGGGGUGGGGACUCAGGCACCGACGGAGAAGGACCCCACGGGCUCCAGGUCCAGUGGACACUGCCAUCUGGCUCUGUCCUCACCGCUUCUGGGCAGUUGUUGUUCUUGGUCAGAGUGUUCUGCUGGCAGGAUCGAAAACAGGUCCUGUUGUUGUUUCGUGGAAACGUUUAGCCUCUUUUGGGGCCUUCGGGAAGUAUCUUCUGGAUGCCUGGCUUUCUCCGCCGCGGCCUCUGCUCAGUUCUGUGUCGUCGGUUUUCUGUGACGGAACGUUUGGAGCCAACUUGGCUGUUUUUCUUCUUCGUUGCCCGUGUACACCGAGGGUGCUCAUAGGUUUCGGUGUAGGACCUUCGCCUCACUGCUUUGGGGUACCCCUGCCAGUUCGUGAUGGCUGACACACUCGGUCCUCUGGGCUCGCCCCCACUAGCACCUCUUAAAGCAGCAUGUGGUCCAGGCCUCUCACCUCCAUUCUUCCUGCCUCGCGGCUACCAGACCCCGAGCUAUAAAACCUUCAGAUGGGUCUCCAGCUUUUCUCGCCCCUGUGUGCAGACUUGUGCGACGAAUGUACGUCCGCCCUGUGUCUGGACACAGUCGUGCUGUGAGCUGUGUCUCUGCUUGGUUUUACUGCAAGGACUUCCUUAUUUGGAGACUUUUUCUCGGUGGGAUGAUUUUGAUCACAUCUCUCUCUCGCAGGAAUGUUGGGCACCAGGUAUGGUGCUAAGUGCCGUACGCUCCCCACAGUGAACGUGGAUUUUGUGGGUUUGGCAUGGGGCAGUAAGUAACGGGCUUGGAGGUCACACGGCUCCCAGCCGGGGACGUGCACUCCGCGGCCGGAAGUCUUCACGCCACAGAGGGGUUGCCAGAGAGUCUCGUGAGCCGAACUGUUGUCACCUGUGACUCUCCCAUUCUGGCCCAUUUCUCUGUUGGGCCCAUGAGUGUCCUUUUCCCUCUCAGCCUUUGUCCAGGUCACUUCCUCUUUCUCCUUGGCCGGGUGGUUGCCUUGCAGAGUGCCCUGGAUGGGACGCCAGGAUGAGCCAGCAUGCCUGAGGCCGUGUUGCAUGCCGUAGCCUGCGUUCACUGCAGACGUGUGUCUCACCACAGUGUGUGGCCUGCGCAGCGGCCGGAUCUGGUUGUGCACACGCUGGCUUCUGGUUCUCCCCGUGUCCCAAACUGUGCUCUGACACAGCGUUACCUUGACUAAAGCCUGUAGAAAAUCCCCACAAGGGUGGAAGUGAGUUGUCCUGUGUUCAGGAAUUCAUGACCUUCACAAGUCAGCUGAUCGUGGAGCGCUCUGCAAAAGGCAGCCGAGCUUCCGUCAAAGAACAAGAAUAUCUGUGCCACGUCUACGUGCGAAACGACAGUCUCGCGGGAGUGGUCAUUGCUGACAGCGAGUACCCGUCCCGGGUAGCCUUUACCUUACUGGAGAAGGUACUAGACGAGUUCUCCAAGCACGUGGACAGGAUAGAGUGGCCAGUCGGAUCCCCUGCUAGCAUCAACUACACGGCCCUAGACGGCCACCUGAGUCGGUACCAGAACCCCCGAGAAGCUGACCCCAUGACUAAAGUGCAGGCUGAGCUGGAUGAGACCAAAAUCAUUCUGCACAACACCAUGGAGUCUCUGCUGGAGCGAGGGGAGAGGCUAGACGACCUGGUGUCCAAGUCCGAAGUGCUGGGAACACAGUCCAAAGCCUUCUAUAAGACAGCCCGGAAACAGAACUCGUGCUGCGCUAUCAUGUGAUGGCGGCCCGCGGAGGCCCCGUGCCGAGAUGGCCCGGCCAUCGGCAUCAGACCCGCAGCCCCUGGAGAAGCAGAGCCGCCAUGGAGAGACCCACGUGGGGACACAUUUUCACUUGGGAGCUCCUGGCAGGAACUGAGGGGCCGUGGAAGGGCCUGGGGCUGGGGAACAUUCAAACUUAUGUGUCUGGUGAUUUUUAAAAAGCUCGUUUGAGGCCCCCAAAGGUGUAUUCUUGGGCCAGAUGAAACCAUAAACUCUGAGUGACUCAUGUAGAUGCUGAAGGGCUCGUCUCUAACCCCUGGGAAACCCGUGGGCCCCCAACUUGUGCAAGGCCCCUGGGGAGGUCGGAGCCAGGCUUGUCGGUCCUCCGUCCGCCUUGGGGUGGUGUUUGUGCGCUGACUGUAUUAACACUCCAGUAAAGCCAGGGUGAGCCCCGAUUGCAGGGCUGAGAGGGCGGAGCGGGGGGUGAGCAGGCCAGGCCCGUGCUGGGACGAGCCGGGUGCACAGCUGACUGACUGCUUGCCGAGGGCACUGCUCAUCCACAGGACACACACAUCCCUGUGGGGUGGGGGACGUCUGCCCUGCCUCGCAGCUUAGCUUUGCCCGUCAGGUCACAGCAGCGGAUACUGUCUCUCAACCCGUGUUCGCCUGUCUCUCUGGCAACAAGACUGUUAGCGACCACCUGGGGCCUGCGUGCCUUAGCAAGUGGCCUUUGCUGUGGCCACCGUUCCUGGCCACAAAGACCAGGUACCAGCCAUCCCGAGGACUCCCAGUGCCCCCAUAUGUGGCCUGACCUCCGCAGGAGCACUGCUGAGAACCUACCCCCAGUGGCAUGAGCCCCAGCCCUGAGCCCUGCCCACUCCCUCAGGCCCCACUGCCGUGUUCCAGACUGCCUUCCCUUGUCCUGCAACGCUUCCUGAGGACGUGAGCUCCUGAUGCACCCUUGGCACCUGGUCCCCACAGAAGCCCCUGCUGGGGCGGUGUCAGGGUCUCGUUUCCUGGGGUCCUUCCCUGAGCAUGCUGGUUCUUGCCCUACCCAAGAUGUCCCACUGUCCUGACACAAAGUGCUGGGCCCUGAAUUCCCUUGUUUGGACCAGAAGGUGGCACCUACGUGGCUUCAGAGGACCCUCACGCCCCACCCCAGCAUGUUUACCCGCCGGCUACCCUGCUCUGGGCACUGCUGGCCAAAGGAGUUGGCCUACUCCUAAAAUAGCCUGCCCGAGGGACCCCCUGGAACGCGCAGACCCAACCUGCUCACUGGUGCCCAGGGGGCUGUGACCUCCCCUUACGAAGGACGGUGGUGUCUGACUCCCAACUUUGGAGGUCGCUGGGGCGGAGCUGGGGCUGGAGGCGCGGAUCUGCAGGGAGGGCUGUGCGGAGGGCGGGGCUGGCUCAUACCCAAACCAGGGUUUCCCCAGCUCCUGUGGUCCCACGUGAAAGCCUUUGGCAAAGAGUGUAUUUUGGUAACUGCCGCCUAACUUCUCUGUUCUGAAAGGUUCUUAUCUGGAUAAAGUUGUCUUUUGAAAUUCCAAAA